GUUCACUGACUGUCUUUAUCGUCCGUGGAUAUCUGAAGAGGAUGUGGCGUAGCGACGAGGAGCGACGAAGUCUUUUGGUUUUUCGUACAACCGGCAAGCUAGAACAUCCGUAUGCUGCCGGACUGCUGUGGUUUAUGCUGGCACUUCGUAAGGCACCCAUCACAUUAGACGCCGAAUCGGAAACAAGAGUGAUAUUGAUGGCGACUGAUCUAUGGCAGAUGACGCUAAAAUUGGAGAGCCAGAAUUGCCCGAAAAAGUUGAAGUAUCUUACUAAAAAUAACUGUCAGUCCUGAGCGACAAAACAGCCGUUUUUUAACUUUAAAAAUAAAAUUAUAGUACCGUAGAAGAGAUCAAAAUGAUGGUAUACUAUUGUGUUACCUUCUAUUUCUUAUU